AUGUCGCGUGGUGAAGCUGAUGUACGCUUUGUACGGGCCUGGGCGAGGCCCCGUAUUUUAUUAUUGUUUCUGCUGCUCUGUGGAACUCUCGCGGAUGCAACGAGAUUGAGGCAUUCGAGACACCUGGAUGCUAGAUCACAGUUCUCGAUCGAGGAGGAAUUAACGAUGCAGCAGGGCGAAAAUCACAAUCACAAACCGUUGUUUUCGAAUUGCUCGAACUAUGCGCCUGUCGUGAAGGAGGAAGAACCUGCUGGAACUGUAGUGGUGCAGGUGCACGCUGAGGACAGGGAUCAUCCGGACGAGGGAGGCACAAUCACGUACAGCUUCGUAACCGCCCCUGGCGAGAAGUUGAAGUUUGAGAUCAACAACAGGACUGGGUUGAUCCGUACGACGCAGAUGCUCGACAGAGAUGAACCGGCUCGGGAGAAAGAAGCCUAUCUGACCGUACUCGCGACCGACAACGGAAGGCCUCAGCUCGACGACGUAUGCACGUUCAAAGUCACGAUCGAAGAUGUGAACGACAACUCGCCAGUGUUCGACAAAGUGGCGUAUACCGAGUCGGUGCCGCAAGACUUACCGUUGGGUCGCGAGGUGAUGAGAGUCUCUGCCACGGACAUCGAUGACGGCAACAAUUCCGUCGUCUAUUACAGUCUCUCGCCGAAGAGGUCAGAGGAUGGAGUCUAUUUUCGGAUCGAUCGUAACACCGGUGUGAUAUUUCUGAACAAGACUAUCGACAGAACUCCGGAGUACAAGUUCAGUAUGAUCGCGACGGCGGAGGAUCAAGGGGAGAACCCAAAAUCGAACGUGAUCGAUCUGGAUAUACGCGUGGUCGAGUCGCACAAAAAGGCCCCGGCGUUUCUGCCGAGGCCCUCGGAACCGAUCCGUCUGCCGGAGAACUUCAGCGACUUCGAUCAGAGCAUCGUGCGACUGAAGGCUGUCUCGAACAGCGGCGACAGUAGCGAGGUUCUCUUCGAGCUGGUCCCCGGUAGAACCGAGCAAACGAACAAGGGGAACACCUUCAGACUCGAAUCGAACAAGGAUCAGGCGGACAUCAAGCUGGCUCAGCAUCUCGACUACGAGAGCAACACGAUAUACACGUUGAUCGUACGGGUGCAGAACAAGUACCAGUUGGCCGCCGAGACUGUGAUUGAUAUCGAGGUACUGGACGUGAACGACAAUAUCCCAGUGUUCCGUGAGAUGAAGAAGGGCAGCGUGCUCGAGAACGAACCGCCGGGUGUACCGGUGAUGCAAGUGCGCGCGAUCGACGCCGACGGGACCCCUGCUCACAAUCAGGUCACUUACGAGCUGGACAACUUUCGGGAUCUGUUCGCCAUUGACAAGUACACCGGCAACAUCACCACGCAGACGACGUUCGACAGAGAAGUCGAGGACACGUACAACGUGAAGAUUAUCGCAGUAGACAAUUCACCGAGCGCUCUGUUCAAAACCGGCGAGCACAACAAGGGCCAACAAGUGUUUCGGAUCGAGAUCGCGGACAAAAAUGACAACGCGCCACAUUUCACGCAAGCUGUGUACACAGCCAAUUCGAUCCUUGAGAACGCAAACAUCAACGCCCCGGUCACAGAGGUGAAAGCCCUCGAUUCGGACACGGCCAGUCCGGUCACCUACAGCAUCAUAUCCGGCAAUACCGACGACAGCUUUUUCAUCGAAGACACCACUGGCAAGAUUCGCGUGAACAAACCGCUGGAUUACGAGAAGAUUACGGAAUACAAUUUAACAGUGAGAGCGUUCGACGGCCUGUACAACGAUACCGCUCAGGUCAAGAUCUUCAUCGAGAACGUCAACGACAAUCCGCCGGUUUUCGAGGAGUUUGAAAAAAAUCCAACCAUCGAGGAGGAAAAGCUGGUCGAAGGUUGCAUCACCACCGUGGUUGCCUACGAUCCGGACAUAAAGGACAGAAACGCCGAUCAGCACAUAGCCUACUUUAUAGUCAAGGAGGAUCAGCAACCAUUGAUUGGAAUCGACAAGACUGGAUGCAUGACGCUGAAGAAACCGUUGGACCGUGAUUCGCCAUUAGGCUAUUCGAUGUGGACAGUGAUCGUAAUGGCGCGGGACGAGGACGGUUCGCCGACCGCGUUGCGUGAACUCGUUAUGGUGAACAUCACCCUGAUCGAUAUAAACGACAACGCACCAUUCCUCGACAUGCCGUAUCCGGUGGUCUGGGGCGAGAACAAACCGCCCGGACGAAUCACGGAGCUGAAAGCACGGGACUACGACUCUGACGAGAACGGGCCGCCGUUUCAAUUUCAGAUCGACGAGAAUACCGCGGACAACGAUAUUCUCACCAAGUUCGCUAUUAGCGACGUCGAUUUGUUCGCGCGGGUCGAGUUCGAUCGGGAGGAGCGAAAGAGUUACGACAUACCGAUCGCGAUCACAGACAGCGGGAAACCGCCGAUGACUGGUACGUCGACCUUGACCGUGAUCAUCGGCGACGAAAACGACAACCCGAUGUCGGAGGGUUCGAGCUCCAUAUUCGUGUACAACUAUAAAGGCGAGGCGCCUGACACGGAGAUCGGCCGAGUGUACGUUAACGACGCGGACGACUGGGAUCUGCCGGACAAACACUUCGCCUGGACCUCGACGCAGGACAGAUUUCUCCUGAAUCAGGAAACUGGUAUGAUCACCCUGUUGUCGGGCACCUCGAACGACACGUUUGUCCUCAAGUUCCUCGUGACCGAGCACAGCCCGCUGAUUCGACGGCACCAGGUGAACGCUUACGUGAACGUGACCGUGAUGGAGCUGCCGGAGGAGGCGGUUGCCAGGUCCGGUUCCGUGCGUUUCUACGGAAUGAACGCCGAGGAGUUCGUCGAGCCCGACGAGUACGGCGUCAGCAAGAAGGAGGUGUUCCAAGAGAGGAUAGCGAACAUGUUGAAUGCGUCGGUCGAGAACGUCGAUGUGUUCACGGUGCUUCAUUCGCCGCAUCACAAUAACAGAAGCUUGCUCGACGUACGUUUCUCGGUUCACGGGAGUCCGUAUUACGCUCCCGAGAAACUGAACACUAUACUGGCUCAGCACUCGAAGGAGAUCGAACGGGAGCUAAAAACGGAUAUUCUGCUGGUGAACAUCGACGAGUGUCUGUUCGAGAAGCUACACUGCAACAACUCGUGCCGCAGCUAUUUGAACGCUAGCACGGUUCCGUCCCCGGUUUACACAAACACGAGCUCGUUUGUAGGUGUACGGGCGGUUGUUGAUCCGCAGUGCACUUGCCACGUGGCAGAACCGAUCGUUUGCCUAAACGGCGGGACUCCGCUGGCAGAACGUUGCGAGUGUCCGCCCGGCCUUGAGGGACCCAGAUGCGAGCUACUUGGUAUCGGCUUCCACGGCGACGGUUGGGCCGUGAUGCCGCCACCUGGCCAGGCUUGCGACGACUCCCAUUUGGGUCUCGAGAUAACGCCCCAUGUGGACAACGGUUUGGUGUUCUAUUUCGGCCCGAUGACCUACAGUCCGAAGAUCGAUAUUCAGGAUUUCAUGGCGCUAGAGCUGCAACAAGGUUACGCGGUUCUUUACAUGGAUUACGGCACAGGCACUGUACGACUCGAUCAGAAGCAAAUUAAACUGACCGAUGGCAAAAGUCACAGGAUAGACGUUUACUGGACCAAAAACGCGAUCGAGAUGAAGGUGGACAAUUGCGGCAUAUCCGCUUGCAUGAGUUUAACAGCACCGCUGGGUUCGAACGAAUUUUUGAACGUGAAUAGUCCGAUGCAAAUCGGAGGAACCAUGAUCAAUCUGGCGCAGCUUGCCUCGCAGCUUGGAUGGGACUUCAAACCGACCGAUAGAGGAUUCGUCGGUUGCAUACGCAACAUGACUUUCAACGGAAAUACCUACAACUUGGGGAUGCCCUCAUUGUCGAGGAACGCCGAUCCAGGCUGCGAUCACGGAAUGGCAAAGGCCGUUUCCUUCGGAAUCGACACCAACUUUCUGGUUGCGAUUUUGGUUUGCGUCGCAAUUUUGCUGAUACUGUUACUGGCGGUAGUGGUUCACAGGCGAAAGACGGACGAUCUUUAUAAGGACAUGGACGACAUCCGGGAAAAUAUAAUCAAUUACGAGGACGAAGGAGGCGGCGAAGUCGACACGGGCUACGACUUGAACGUUCUAAGAACGAUUUACGACGCUCCUCCCAUCGAUUCGAAGAUAGCGCCUGUUGGCUUGCAAGGCAGAGCGCCUGACGAAGUUCCGGAUAUUUGCGGUUUCUUGGACGGUAAGAAGGAAAGCUGCGACAAGGAUCCCGACACGAAUCCGUUCGAUGACGUCAGGCAUUACGCGUACGAGGGCGAAGGCAAUUCCGAGGGUUCCUUGUCGUCUUUGGCUUCGUGUACCGACGACGGCGACCUCAAAUUCAACUACCUCUCGAAUUUCGGGCCGAGGUUUCGGAAGCUGGCAGAUAUGUACGGAGAGGAGGCCAGCGACGAGGAGAGUGACGGCGUCGGCGAACGAGAGAGCGAGAGCUGGUGUUGAGGCUCGAACAGUUCCGAUUUUAA